AUGCAGACAAGUUGAAUAAUAUGAAAUCGUGUAACAACAGUAACAAAAUUAUACUGGCAAACAAACAUAAAAUGAAGGAAGGAAACGGUAAAGAUGCAAAAGUUUUUUUUAUUUCCUUGUUCUCCCGAGUAUUCCUCAUUUCCUCCAGCAGGGCAGAGGACAUCUGGGAGGAAAGAAAAGAAAAUCUGAGUCAGCAGCAGCGGCGGCUUCAGUCUGCUUCUCAACUCAACUUCCGCGGACCGAUUUAAGCUCAUAUCUCCAUAAAAUACCACUUUAAUGCUUAUCAAUGAGCCUGCAGGAGUCUACAUUACUCUAAGAAGCAUCUGUGGAGGAAAAGUCAAAACCGAGGCUCAGAAGAGAGGAGAGCCCGUCGGAGGGCAGGAGCUUUGAUGAACUAGAGGAUUAAAGCAGAUCUCGACACUCACCACAUGUCCCUCUGAUAAAUAAUUACCUCGAAGCUUCAUGUCCGUCCGAAUUUCAGCCAUGAGUGUUCUUCCUCCUGUUCGAAAGGACCGUGUCAUUGCUCAGCUCCCUCAGUGUUUCAGGAAAGAGGCUGCUUUCCACACAAAGGAGGAUUUCAACAACAAAGUGAAGACGGCAUGUCAGGAGCAACGAACCGGCACUGUGGGCAGAUUUAAAAUCUCCAAGGUGAUUGUUGUGGGUGACCUGGCUGUGGGGAAAACCUGUCUGAUUAAUAGAUUUUGCAAGGAUGCUUUUGAUAAAAACUACAAGGCAACGAUCGGCGUGGACUUUGAGAUGGAGCGCUUUGAGGUGCUGGGUGUUCCUUUCAGCCUACAGCUCUGGGACACUGCAGGCCAAGAGAGGUUCAAGUGUAUUGCUUCUACGUACUACAGAGGAGCCCAGAUUGUGAUUAUUGCGUUUGAUGUAACUGACAUCGCCUCUUUGGACCAUGUGAGGCAGUGGCUGGAAGACGCCCUGAAAGAGAACGACCCCACCGCCGUCCAGCUUUUCAUCGUGGGCACAAAGAAAGACCUGAGCUCUCCUGCUCAGUAUUCUCAGAUUGAACAAGACGCCCUCAAAUUAGCACAAGAGAUCACAGCAGAGUAUUGGGCUGUGUCCUCGCUGACAGGGGAAAACGUCAAAGAGUUUUUCUUUCGAGUUGCAUCGUUGGCAUUCGAGACCAACGUUCUAGCCGAGUUGGAGAAGAGUGGGCCGAGGCAAAUUGGGGGCAUAGUCAGGAUAAACAGCACGCCAAGCAAUGCGAAUGCUUCAACAAAGAAGAAACAGCCAAACUGCUGUCAGUAGGGAGGUUUGAAGGG